AUGCAGGCAGCAAUGGGUACCAUGGAUUACAUCAUUGACACGGUGUCUGCAGUUCAUGCACUGGCCCCAUUAAUUGGUCUACUGAAGCUGAAUGGGAAGCUGGUCACGGUGGGUUUGCCUGACAAGCCCCUGGAGUUGCCAAUCUUUCCCUUAGUUUUGGGAGAAACACGAAGUGUUAAAUUGCCUGAUCAAUCCCAGAUUCCCAAACAGAUAUUAACAAAUUGUUUAUACUUUCUUUUGGUGGUGUUUAUGCGGAAGCUUGUAGGGGGAAGUGACAUAGGUGGGGUGAAAGAGACGCAGGAGGUGCUUGACUUUUGUGCCAAGCACAAUAUUACCUCAGACAUCGAGCUGAUUCAAAUGGAUUACGUUAACACUGCGAUGGAACGAAUUGCCAAAUCUGAUGUCCGGUAUCGGUUUGUGAUCGAUGUGGGGAACUCCUUGACUCAGUAG